UGGAUGUGACAGAUGCUGUUUUGUGGGGGUGGUGGGAUGGGAUUGUUCUGUUGAUGCCCUUUUAAUAGGCACAGUGUGGGACACAUGGUAUAGUUGCCCUUGACCUAUCAUCAGUAUACCGUCUCUUCUCACCAUCUCUGGCGUGUCCCACCCCCGUGCUGAGCCGGACCACCCUCUAAACUCAUAUCAGUCUCUCACCAAGGGAGUCAAUGGAGAGGAUUAAUACUCUGGAUAUAACCAAAAGACAGAUGUAGAGGAGAAAAGACCACAAGAGGAGAAUCGAUGGGAUUUUGUUUAGACUGAAUGACGAUUUGCAUUUUAAUUAUAUAGAAAAUUCUUCAGACAACUUGAUGGAUGGUAUUAUACAGCUGUUCUUGCUGCUUUGCCUUGGGAAAUUGGUUGGGGUUCAUCUUAAAGCAUUUUGACAAAAGAAAGACUCAACAAAAUCAGUUGAUUUCAAGCUUAAAAAAGACAAGUGUCCAGUAGAACAUUUGAAAGAAACCAGUGCACUUUAGUUGUUCAGUCCUGGAGAUGCAUACAGAUGAGAGAUCCUGCUGUGACUUCUGAAGUUACCUCUUUGGAAAUGCAUGAUGUUAUUUCAUAAGGUGAAGAUGAAGUGAGAUCUGUUGGGUUCCUUGGUCAUCAUGCCUGCUGAGGAGGAGGAGGAGGAGAACUCUCCACAACCUGUGUGGCAGUCCAUUCUUCUCUUUAGCUGCAAGGGAAUGAUCGAGGGAAUCAUCAUCCUCUUGUUUCUCUGGCUGCUGUUGCAGGUGCUCUUCACAAAGCAACUUGAAGUCCACUUGCAGAUUCUGCUGAGUGUGGGCUUGGUGGUUCUGUGUUUUUCACUUAUACUGGGAUGCAUCAUUUGUUGGUUAAAGACCAGACACAAACCACUCAAAGACAAAAAUACUGUGAGGACACCCCCUCCUCAUGAUUCUGUGGAUAACGUGAUUGUGUCUUUGAGUCCUGCCCUUUUAUCUGGAACCACAAUUACCAAAUUACAGUACGAGGGGCUGGAAGGAGAGGUUCAAGACUAUCCAUCUGCUUUUGAGAGCUCUACACCAUCUGAUGAAGAGUUGACUGCUGUCUCUGAGGUUAACAAGUCAUACUUCCCAAUGAGACAACUCAGUUCUCCAACCUCUUCUUUAUACAAGACCAUGGCCAGUGUUGGCUCCUCUCUUCCCUCUCUCCCAAGACUUAGUCUUCUCUCAAAGACCCGGAGGGUUCUGGAACGGCACUGCUCUGUGGCUGGAGAUAGUUACUCAUUUAGCGAACACAGAAGGCUCACUAUUCCCAACCCUCGAUCACCCUGUGCUCUUUCUCCACUUCAAACCCAAGGUCUAAUACAGGACGAAACUUUAUUUCCUAACUAUGGUUCAAAUUCUUCCAGUAAGACCUUAGAUCCCUUCUUGCACUUUACCCUGACCUUCUCUUCAACACAGAACACACUCACUGUAUCCUUAGUGGGCUUAACCGGCGUAGUCCAUCGUCUAGAAGAAGUGACUGUCCAGGCCAGGCUGCCCCCACUUUGCCCUGGACCUCUGGAUGUAUCUGCUCAAGAUUACAACCUUAGCUCUGGACUCUAUAAAAAGAACUUGGUGAUCAAUGUUGGAUCUCUGGAGGGGCUUAAGAGUUGCAUGCUCAGAUUGGACAUCAUCCAGGAUAAUCCAAAGACAUCCCUAUUUGAGGAGCUGGAAGUUUGCUGCAGUAGUCUGGACUGGACACCAGACAGGCCUGUCAGCUGCAUUAGAGAACUAAGGCAAGUUGUGGACAACUCCAAAGAGGACACUUCAUAGCUCUUGUUGUGAAACUACACUGUCUAAAACAUCCUCCCAGACAUCCGAAAUACCUAAACAUCCUGUUGUCUUUCAAAGACCAAGAGUGGCUCAUAUUUUAUUCAACAUGCGAGAGAGAUCAUGAGGUCUUCGGUAAGCUCCUUAUCUUGUUGAAGUACCAGAUUGUGGUCCAUUGGCUUACGGUUCUCAUUCUUAAAGCAGACAAUCUUACCAACCAGACUCCAGGUGAGAUUACAAUACACUAUUCUCACCCUCUCCCAAAUGGUACCAUUGACCUAAUAUCAGUUGGACUGUUAGCUAUACAAGUUUAUAGAUCAUGAUGACCACUCUGAAGUCCAGAACAGUGGACCUCUCAAAAGGGGGAUUGGGAGCACUUAAAAGCACCAUUUUGAACCCUAAAACAGGGCUCAUCACCUCCAAACCUGGACGGCCAGAGCUGAGCUUUAACCCUAUCCAAACACCCAAGUAAGUUCAUCAAAGUGUUGAGAGCUACUAGCAAAUAACAAUGGGGAUUUAAAACAGGAUUGUUAAAGUCUGCAAAACACUGGCCCCCAGGACUGGAGCUGGAUCCUGCUCCUGGAGGGCCACCAUUCUACAGAGUUUAGCUACCCCUGCCCAGACUCACAGACAUUUUCUAUUCCAAAUAGGGAAUAAAUCAUUGUAUUAUUCAGAAGGGUGCUCAUGGGCUAGUAUAUACCAUCAUUGUGCCCUUUCUCUAAGGCCAUACUGGUGAAGACAUCACAAUCGACUUCUACCUGGCAGUUUUUGUGAAUCAUAUCACCCAAAUGUGGACUUUGAGGAGGACUGUUAGAAAUGAGGAUGGCAUUUGGGACAGGGUCAUUAAUAGGAAAAGUUCCAUUUUUGUGUUUGAGUGGGGCCAAAAAGAUGAUUUGGUGAGCACAUCUGUGUUUAAUGAUUUUAUAGAGGUUGCAUUAAUUUUUUGCCUGAUUGAAGAAGGCAUGGUGACGUUUCCAUCACACAAGAUGGAUGCAGAGAGUCUAACUGAAAGGCUAAAAGUUAUGAAAAAUUCAAUUUAAUUCAAAAAAAACAUACUGAACAAAUGGGGGCAGAUUUCAUAAGCAAAUAAUUCACUUUCAUACUUGAUCUCCAUCUCAUAAAACACUACUUUCCUCUUCAAGUUUUAAAUUCUGUAUUAACCAAAUUUCACACAAAAACAUUACCCAAAGCUUAAAAUGUCAAGAGGUGCCAUAUUGUCCACAUACAGUGCAAAAUAGUUCCCAGAAAAUAGUUUAAAGUCCCGAGAGUGCAGGAAAGCAUAUUGCACCACAAAUCCCUCCUAUCAGGUAAAUGAAUAGAUUUGUCAUGACAGCACAUCUGCCAUAUGCAUACGGUAGUUCCAGCUUACAUGACUGUUAUGUAAAAGCUAAAGGAUUUAUCCAUCAUAAACUAAGCCUAAAUGUUUGCUUUUAAUGUUUGGGAUUAAAUGCUUGUCUUACGAGAGGCAAGAGCCACAGUAGAUCAGCCUAUUUUAAUGACACUAGUUUAAUCUCCCUCCCUCUUCAAUCUUUCAGGCAGCAGUUUGAUCCCUUUCAUUUCAGACCUGCUCAAAUCUCAGUAAAGGGAGGCCAUAGCCAUAAGGUCAUUUACUAAGAAUUUAUCUCCAUGGAUAACGCAUAUGAAAUUAUAUGGUGUAACAUUUGUUGUACAACUACAUAUGAACACUGGUUUUGAUAUUUAAGUAUAGAGAAAGAUGAAAUAACCUUUGCAAAUAAUAUUAUGCAGAUCAUGUACAUGUUUUUAAUAGACUAAUGUGGCCAUAAUGGUUGGGUGAUUUUUAUUUUUUAUAAUGCAUAUUUUAUUGAAUAUUUUAUUAUUUUCUUUUGGCAGAUAUUCGCCCUACUUGGUUUCAUUGGGCAUAUUCUUGUUGGUUUGGAAGCCAGUGAAGAAGGAUAGAUUUACUGUGUAGCACGAGUCAAGCAGAAACUGUGCAACAUCUUGUUAUUCAACCAUAAGUGCAAAAUGGAAAGUUGAAAUGACCUCAAAUCUGACUCAACCAUGGACAAAUAUUAAUGACCUUUAUAAUACUGGCAUUAUGUAUUCUAUGUAAGAAGACAUUUUGACUGUUUUAGAACAUGAACAUCUUUAAAUA